UGGCUGGUUUUAUGACAACGCUGAAGGAAAUUCACAACUAGCUUUGAUGUGCUCGUAUAUAAUGGACAACAUAUUAUCGACUUUCCCUUACUUUACUACGCCUGUACAAAAUGAAGCUUUUCAAGACCUUGGUGGGACUCAUUUUGGUGAGUUAUCUUUUAAUAUUGGAAACUGAUGCGAUGUCCUUGGCUGAUAGAGGGCGAAAGCUAAUGGAUUUCCCUGGAAUAUGUAUGGACUGUGGGUAUUUUGUUCCCAACAUGCACUGCGAUCUGACAGUUCCCUGCACCAAAGACACCUGCAGGAAAGAGUGUAUUGAUGAUGGUCCGCAAGUAACUGGAAGCCGGCCCACUGAGUGCGAUUCACAACAAAACACGGAUCCAGACACUUACAAAUGUUGGUGGGACAGCGCAUGCGCUGCAAACGAGAGAUGCUGCAUCACGGAUACCGGAAGUUACUGUAGCUCCUUAGCGGUUUUGUUUUAACAUUUCUCAACAAACGAUGUUGUUUACAUGUAAUGAAUCCAAAUAAAAAUAAUUCGAUGA